CAAAUAAACAUAAAAAUGGCUUCUAUCUGUGGAUGCGUGGCUCUGCGUGCACGUCAAAAUGUCACAUACAUUCCAGUUCGCUUCUGCAAGAUGAUGAACGAUCCCAUGGAACAUGCUACUGGUAUUGAAAAGCGUGAAUUGUUGGCCAAGGCCGCCGGCAACGAUAAUCCCUUCGACAUGAAAGUUUUCAAGCGUGGUGCUGGCACAAAGGAAACCCCCAACCUGAUACCUUCCGCUUUUGACGCCCGUAUUGUUGGUUGCAUCUGCGAAGAAGAUCAAACCUACGUCCAAUGGAUGUGGCUUCAAAAGGGUACUCCCAAACGCUGUGAAUGCGGUCACUGGUUCAAAUUGAUCGAAAAGGCUGCAGUCUAAAUUAGGCGAAAUGUAAUACGUUUAAAAACUAAAGUAUCGUUCUGUUUACGAAGAAAUAUAAGUAAAAAGUAACCUUAAA